AUGCUAUCUGCACUGAACAGUGUCUUCGAUCCAAUCGGAUUCUUGGCGCCAUUCACUAUACAAGGUCGUAUACUUUGGAGGGAGCUCACAGCAGGGAGCGGUUGGGAUGAACCCCUUUCAGAGUCCCAUGUUCAGAAGUGGGAUGGAUGGAUGACGACCAUGAAUGAGCUCAACUCGUUUGGUAUUGGGCGCAUGUUUGUACCGCUAUCAGUCAGCACAGCUGAGGAUGUAGAGCUACACAUUUUUGCAGAUGCAAGUACAGCAGCUAUUUCUGCAGUUGGAUAUGUCCGAAUGGAAGCAUGCGGCACAGCUCAUAUAGGGUUCGCGAUGGGGAAAGCGAAGUUAGCCCCUAGCCAGAGUCACACAGUCCCACGUCUGGAGCUGUGUGCAGCGGUAUUGGUAGUGGAUGUGGGUGCAACAUUGAGUGAAGCUUUGGGCAUUCCACUUGACAGUUUACACUACUACAGCGACUCAAAGGUUGUACUUGGUUAUUUGAGCAACACUACACGCCGAUUCUACACUUAUGUUGCCAACCGUGUUCAGAAAGUUCUCCAGACUUCCAGAGCAGACCAAUGGUCAUAUAUCCCUACACAUGACAACCCAGCUGACCAGGCCACUAGGUGUUCCAUGACUGCAAAGAACUUUGACAUGAGCCUGUGGAUAAAAGGGCCCCAAAGACUGCAGAGGGUCCAAGGUGAAAACCCUAAGGACGGGUAUUUGUGUUUUCCGUUGAUCGACCCAGAGGGCGAUGCUGAAAUACGCUCCGAUGUGAAAAGCUUCAAGCUUUCAAUGAAACCAUAUCAAGGAUUUGGAACGGCCCGGUUCGAGAGGUUUUCUCGAUGGGAAAAUUUAGUGAGGGCGAUAAUGUUCUUAAAGAAUUUCGCUCGACGUCUCGCUGGUUCCGUCAAAGGCUCAGACUCUCAUCGACAAAUCAAGGACACAGAUUUACACAUUUGUACUGAGAAACAGAUUAUCAAACAAGUCCAACAGGAAGUCUUUUGCAAGGAAAUCGAUUGUCUACUCAAAGGUAAAGCCCUUUGCAAGGACAGUUCAAUUCAAAGUCUCAGUCCCUUCAUCGAUGAAGAUUGUGUCUUAAGAGUUGGGGGACGUUUAAACAACUCUGAUCUCGAUAUUCUCCAGAGGAACCCUGUAUUGAUACCUAAGCAUCACAUAGCUGUGUUGUUGAUUCGGCAUUAUCAUGAGAAGGUCCUACAUCAAGGACGCCAUCUCACUGAAGGUGCUAUACGUAGUGCGGGAUAUUGGAUCAUCGGAAUGAAACGCUUAGUAUCAUCAGUCAUCCACAAGUGUGUUAAAUGUCGACGGCUAAGAGGAACCCUGGGUUGCCAGAAGAUGUCAGAGUUACCGAUCGAUCGUUUAACUCCAGGACCUCCGUUUACAUCUGUCGGGAUGGAUUGUUUUGGACCCUGGCAAGUGACAACACGACGUACCAGGGGCGGUCAGGCUGACUCUAAACGCUGGGCCGUACUUUUUACUUGUCUUACUACAAGAGCCGUCCAUAUUGAAGUUAUUGAGCAAAUGAGUUCAUCUGCCUUUAUCAACGCCUUACGACGUUUCACAGCGAUUCGAGGAAAAGUGAAAAUUUACAGAUCUGACCGAGGGUCCAACUUCAUUGGGUCGGUUGAGGAUCUCGGAAUCAACGUUGAAAGUGAUGGAGUGAAGCAAUAUCUAUCCAGUGAUGGUUCUACAUGGAAAUUCAAUGCUCCACAUUCCUCCCAUAUGGGAGGAGUGUGGGAGCGAAUGAUUGGUGUCACAAGAAGGAUUCUCGAUUCCUUAUUGAUGAACAUACCUGGUGGAGGUCUCACACAUGAAGUGUUAACAAUCUUCUUAGCGGAAGCCUCCGCAGUGAUCAAUUCACGACCGCUUACACCAGUUUCAUCAGAUCUGGACAAUCCCUACCCGUUGAGCCCUUCUGUGUUACUAACACAAAAAAGCGAUUCGAUUGUCGACAUUGUGAUUCCCACUGAUGUUAAGAACAUGUAUCGAGCGCAGUGGAAACGAGUCCAAAUUUUGGCUGAAAUAUUCUGGAGAAGAUGGAAAUCAGAAUUUCUUCAGACAUUGCAAUGUCGCCGCAAGUGGACAUCGGAUGAAAGAAGUCUGCAUUCCGACGACGUGGUUCUACUCCGGGACAAGGAAGUGGCAAGGAACUAUUGGCUUCUGGGUGUGGUAACGAGGACCAUUACCAGUGAGGAUGGGAAAAUACGUAAAGCAGAAGUACGUGUCAUAACCCAGAGUGGUAAACCGACUACCUAUACGCGUCCGGUAAACGAGAUGGUGGUCCUGAUUCCUUUUGAGGAUUCCAAAUAG